AUGUGGAUUGUGGUCGCCGUCCUCUGCUACAUGUAUUUCCAUGUCAGCGAGCAUUCCUAUGUGUCCUGCCUCAGCGUUGCUUAUGCGGCGCAGUCAAUGAUCCCGGACAUGGGCACGCUCUCACGGGAGACGCAAUCGUCCGGCGAACUCGAGCAGAAUCUCAUCGUUACCAUCCAGGAGGUCGUGAUCGGCGUUGCAAUCCUCACCGUUGUUGACUUGCUAGCGGCCUCCAAAGCCUCGAAGCAAGCUCGGCAGCGCCUGCAGAUCUCUUUCCGGCGCGCCAGGGAGCUUGCGGAGCUGCUCGGCGAUGCCGCGGGCAGCGCAGCCAGCACGGAGCUCUGCAUCAAGCGCUUCGCCGACUUCCUCGGCGACCUGGACGCCCUCCGCGGCCUGAUCCCGCACGCCGCCAAGGAGCCCGUCUACGGCGGGGAGCCUUUCAAGACGGAGCUCUACGAGGAGCUCGAGGCGCGCCUGCGGGCCGUCGCGGGCCACGUCGCGGACAUCGAGUGGGCCGCGCGCAUCCGGUCGCACCGGCGCGCCGCCCCGGCCGCGCAGGCGGGCCCCGCCUCGUGGCCGUGCCGCGGUGACGAGUCCAGCCCCGUCGCCAUGGACGCCGCGCAGCUCGCGCCGAACCAGGCUCUGGACGACGCCCUCCGCCUGCUGUUCUCCCGCCUGCGGCGGAAUGUCGACGGCAUGCUCCGCGGAGUCGAGGCCCUCGCCGCGUUCGUGACGCAGCACGGCCAGAGCUUCCCCGCGCCCGCCCAGCCCUGGUCUUCGAGGGCCGCGGAGCGGGGGGGGAGAGGUGCGGGGGCGCCCCAGUCUCUGGAGGCCAUCCUGACGGAGCCGCAGGGUGGGGGGCAUCCGGUGCGCCGCCGGCUGACCAGGCUCCUGUCGCAGGUGCUGGAGGACGAGGACGCCCCGGCCGCGCAAGCGCACGGCCUGUCUGCUUCGGUGGCGUCGCGCGGUGCAGCCUUGGAGACAUUGUUUGUCGGUCUCAGGUUUCAGCUGGCCGCCUCCGAUGCGAACCUGCCCCACCACGACGACCUGUGCCGCUUCGAGGUCGUGCUCCUCCUCACGAGGCUCUUGGUGGGUGAGGUUCGCAAGAUGGAGUUGGCACUCAUGGAGUACUGA